CUGUACGACCUUCUUCGUCGCCCCAAACAACAAUAUCCAAUCUUAGCGGCUUUGAUGCUCUUUGUCUAAAAUAAAAUGGCGGUUCAUUGCCGUCUUAACAUUGUUCCCAACCUCAAUUACCGCCGUACUUCGGGACUCUGCCCUCCCUCCUCUGCAUAUAAUCGCCUAAUCGCGCCCUCACCGAAUCAUUCCCUCUUCUUACCCCAGCUCCAUCUCAAGGCUGAGAUUUUGUGUCAAGACAGAAGGGUCGGCGGCGCACUGAAGUGUGCGACUACGUCGGAGAAGAGAACAAUGUCUGAAGAGCGAAUGCUGGUGAUUGUUCCGCCGCAUCCUUUGAUAAAACACUGGGUUUCUGUUCUCCGGAAUGAGCAAACGCCUUGUCCAAUAUUCAAAAAUGCAAUGGCUGAGCUAGGAAGAUUGUUGAUGUAUGAAGCAUCAAGAGAUUGGUUGCCAACCAUAACUGGUGAGAUUCAGACACCGAUGGCUAUUGCAUCUGUUGAGUUUAUUGAUCCAAGGGAACCUGUUGCGAUAGUUCCUAUCUUGAGAGCUGGCCUAGCUCUUGCAGAGUAUGCGUCAUCUAUCCUGCCAGCAACAAAAACGUAUCAUCUGGGAAUUAGCAGAGAUGAAGAAACCCUUCAGCCAACUAUAUACUUGAACAAGCUACCUGACAAAUUUCCAGAUGGUUCUCGUGUCUUUGUUGUCGACCCUAUGCUGGCUACUGGUGGCACUGUAGUUGCUGCUCUUGAAUUGAUAAAGAAACGCGGGGUCAAUAACAAACAAAUCAAACUGAUAUCUGCAGUUGCUUCCCCUCCAGCUCUUCAAAAACUCGGCGAGAAAUUUCCAGGACUUCAAGUUUAUGCUGGCAUUAUUGACUCUGAAGUUAAUGAGAAAGGGUUUAUAAUCCCCGGACUUGGAGAUGCGGGAGAUCGAAGUUAUGGCACAUAAAUGAAUCAGACCAUUUGGUGCUUAAUCAUUUCCCAAUUUUGAAGGACCAUUGAAGGGAAUGGUAUUGAGCUUUUAUCCAUUCCGAGGUUUUGUCAAGUCAAGUGAGUUAGUUAUUGAUAGAUUUUUUCAAAGCACGGCUGUGCUUGAAGCUAAAAAGAAUGAUUCUUUAGCCUUAAGUCUUUAUCAUUGCCUUUUCAUGCUUUUUGUAUAAGCGUUAACUGUACAAGGGGAAGAGUUAAUUUAACAUUACGGACCUAAGAUUAUUUAGUUCUCAACUUGGUUUGUUGUGAUAUACGGAAUACUUAAAUACUGCGUACUAUUUUCAAGUCCGGGGAUAAGGUUGGACACUGUUCCUAAAUAAAUAAUAUGUGAUUCUACAGGAU